CUGCUAUUAUAUGGACCAAGUCAUAGAUAUAUUUGCGUAACACUAUGUGUGUUAGGAUUAUUUGCAAAUUUAGUACACAUAUGGGUAUUAACCCGUCCAUCUAUGCAAAAUUCAUCUGUACAUACUGUUCUUAUCGCUAUUGCAAUGGCUGAUAUUGGUACAAUGGCAUCGUAUUUUAUUUAUUUGGAACGGUAUGAAUUUAAUAAAGAUGAAACAAAUUUAUACUCCUACUGGUGGACAGUAUUCUUACAAAUUCAUGUUCUUCUUAGUAUUGCAUUACAUGGCACUUCACUCUAUUUGGUUGUUCUUGUUGCCUAUAUUAGACUUAGUGCAAUUACCAAUACAAAUAGUCCAUGGUUACAGCAACCUGCAAUUACUGCUGCAACAGUAAUACUUUGUAUGCCAACAUUAUUUGCACAUCAGAUAUAUCCACAAAAUAAUGCAACUGUAUCAUGUGAUCAAAAAUUGAGUGAAACUCGAUACAGUGUUGGAUUUUCAUCAUUAGUGCUAAAAAAUAACUGCGCUUUAUUAAAGAUAAAUCUUUGGUUAACCGGAAUUAUACUUAAGGCAAUUCCUUGUGCGCUAUUACUUUGUCUUACAUUUCCGUUGUUGAUCAAGUUGAAAGAAAAUCGUAAAAAACGACGACUACUGUUCGGUUUGAAUGAGAACAAAGCGGAAUCUGAUCGAACAACUUUCAUGCUUUUUUUGAUGGUUUGCGUGUUUUUUUCAACAGAGUUACCUCAAGGCCUAAUCGCUGUCUUUAAUGCAAUAUACACGCAACAGUUUCAAAUGUACGUUUAUUUGGCACUGGCCGAUAUAUUGGAUUUAUUAUCGUUGAUUAACUGUUAUGUCAGUUUUACAGUUUACUUCUGCACCUGUAGCCGAUACCGUCAUACACUUGUUACCUCGUUUCGUUGUAAAGGUAUCUUAAACUUCUAUAGAUAG